GUAUUAAGAGGCUCUGUAUUUGGUAUUUAGUCUGCAAGCAGACUGCGAACCGUUGAAGCUAUGCAGUGACUCGCUCAAGAAUAGCGAUUUCUAUUUAGAUUUGUGUACCAUAUUUUUAUGCUUUUACAUGAGGUGAUAUGGUUAAAACAAAGUUUUGCAAUCACUGUUGUAUGCUCAGGGCUUUUACGACACUAAAUCUACCCGCGACAACAGUCUAUAACAAGCGUAUCUGAAGGGAUCGCAGUUGAGUACAGUACUGAAAUGGUGAAGGACGAAUGUAAGACGCUCUUGGAUGCCCUGAACAAAGUGUCUGCUUGCUAUCGACAUUUGGUUAUCUGUGUUGGUGGGACAUCAGACUCUCAAAAUUUACGCGAAGAACUGAAGAAAACCAGGCAAAAAGCGCAGGUGUUGGCAAGUGCCAACAAAAACAAGCUAACAACAAUUUUAAAGGACAAAACUAUCAGCAAGGAUGAUCGAGCUGAAUUCGAACGGCUGUGGGUAUUAUUUUCUACAUGUAUGGAGAUCUUGGAGAUCGACAUGAGAAGAGCUCUGGAUCUGGGUCAGGAGUUUCCAUUGAAUGUUCCCACAAAACAUCUCAUCCAGACUGGGAUGAUUGGGAGAACAUCUGCUGUGGCUGCUCGUGCCAUAAGUGUUCAGAAUAUGAAGUAUGAAGAGGGCAACGACAUAGACACUAUCGAUCUGAACGAAUUGGAACAAGAUAUCAGUGAAGUCGGGGAAAUGAUAUUCGAGAUGGAGAUGAAGGUGAACGUACUUCAGUGGACAGUGGAAGCGAAACAAGAACCUGGUACUGAGCUAAAGUCAACCGUCAGUGCCGGCGCUUCAUCACUUGGCAUGAUAUCCGUACACGGUGAUGGCAACAAAAAGCUGUGCGACACCAAUAAGGUCUUUGCUGGAGCAAUGUUCAGUGCUGUGUUAAUAUUUGCCAUUGUUCUGGCUGUGUGUAUUGUGAAGUUUGCUUAACACCUCAAUGUUCACAUCCAGUUUAAUUCUGCCCAAGCAAAUAAUUUGGGGAAUUUGUUUUUUAAAAUGUGGGACCCAUAGCUUAAUCUAGUUUACUUUUUAUGAAUUGAACAGCAUUUUUCUAAAGGCAAUUAUGUAAACUGCUGGUCCAUGUUUACAUAGCAGUAUAUUUUGUUUUGGGAAAACAAUUAUAGCCCCAUCGGUGUUAUAUAUUUAUCUAUCUAGUCCUUUCUGCAGCGAGGAACAUUUUAUUUGCAGGUGAAGCAGCGUUGAAUGCAGUGUUUGUGUAUCUUGCUCCUAUUUGUGCCUCUGAGUGAUACAACAAAAUCAUUCCAGUAUGUCAACUGAAGUGUAUUCAUAUAGAAAGCAAUGUUUUAAGUGUUAAUGCCAGUAUUUUGUAGUAAACUGCAUAUUUUUACUAUGCACAGAUGGAGCUGAAAUGUACUGUACAGUAUUUAUAGUAAAUGUCAACUUUGAUAGCCAAUUGAAAUGUUAGAUCUUAUUAAAUUUUCUUUUCCACUGA